CUAAUUGGAUAAAUUAACACUCUUUCAUGCGCGCGCACGUUAUUGUUGUCGCACCGUGUUUAUCAAUCGAUAUUGUCAUCAAUACAGAAGCAAAAUGACUACCACGCUUAUAAAUUAACACAGGUAUAUGCUCCAAUAUUCUAUAGUGUGAUAUCGGUAAAUAUUGUUUCGACAGGAAGUAUAUUACAAGCGUGAAUCACACAAUAUGGACAAUUAACAUACAAAGGCAAUGGAUAAAGCAGUUAUUAAACAAGAUAACGCCUAAAUAAUAGAAGCAGUGAGAAGCUAAAUGUAGGAUCAGCGUGAACAACGAAAGAUAGAAGAGAAAAUGUAAAAAAAAGAAUAUCAGAAAAAAGAGUAAAUAAUUAUCAUAUAAUAGUGAAAAAGUGAUACAUGUGUUUACCAAAAUACUAGAGAAAAAUAUCACACUAGAUCUACUAGAAGAAAUGAGAACUUUAUUAGAAGACAAACACGAAACAAGUCAGCCAGAGCAAUAGUGAAUAAGAUCCACUGUACAGGAAUAGCAAAAUGUUUGAACUCUUUUAGUUAUUGCAGUGUAUAUGGAAAAAUACACGAAUUACCUCGUCUAAUACUGCUUGGCACUUAGAAUACUGAUACAUGAUAAGAGCAGUUAGAUAUUGUCGUGGAUGUUAGAAAAUGUUCUUCUUUUGACACUUACCAUAGCGGGCCAUCUGUGUUGUAUUUGAUAUCUGACAAUACUUCACAUUGUCUUUCCAGAAAACAGAAUUCUCAUUAAUGCAAGGGUCUAAACAACAAUUGUUUUUAGGGCAACACGUGUCAGUAACGAAGUGAAAUCGUCCCGUGAGGCGAGCUAAUGAAAUAAACCUACUCUAUCUGAAUUUGUGUUCCCUGAAUUAUUAAUAAGUGCAUUCGAUUAUCAUGCCUGAUUAUUGUGUUGAUGAAGGGUCCUGAAAAAGAGAUAUGGUUUCAGAUAAAAGGUAAUUAAGAGGGCAUAUGGCCUUACUGUUUCGCGAUAGGGAUAUUGAUACACGAUUACUUGAAGAUAUUCAUGGAUUUUAAACAAGUCAAGUGUUGAUAAAAAAAAAGACAACCGUAUUCAGAAUAUGCUAAGGCUUUAACAAGACUAACGUCUAUCAGAUCAGUGUAAAGUAUUAGUAUUACAUGAAAAUCCUUCGUUAUAUGUCCUGGUGUGGGUAUAUCUACCAAACAGCUAGGGAGAAAUUGUCGAGGAAUGAAAGUAUAAUAUUGAAGAAAUUACAUUAAUUAGUUGGUGCAAGUACACGAUAAAUGCCACAAUCCAUCUCAAUCUAUAAAGUGGAAAGUAGUCAUUUGAAAAGCAAAAAUAGAAUAGUUUUAAAAGUACUUUCAAAAUUGAAAUGCUUUCACUUUGUAGGAAACUAAAGCAUUUUUCCAAUUAAAUUUUCAUCGACUUUACGGGAAAAAAGAAAUGAUUUGAAGUGUGGCAGACACUCUCUAAGUGAUAAAAGGAACGUCAAUGUCAUUCAACUCGUGUAACAGUUAGACUACUGUGUUAAGUAUGUAAGAUAAAAGUAUUAAUUCCCAUGUGCCUUGCGAAACAAGUGAGAAAUGAGUGUCAUUUAUAAUAUUGUCAAAGCAGAUUGGCGACAAAUCAGAUUUCUGCUUGGUACUUAUUGAUCGAUAUCAGUGUAUAGGUUCUUUAAGAUUGUUAUGCACGAGAGAUAGAUAUGAACUAGAGGCUGAACCAGGCAUGACUAUCCGAGUAUCAGCACGUACAAAGAGACAUUGAAGUAGAGAAUAAACGUAAGAUACAAUUUUGUUAUCUCUAAAAUCCAAUGUACAAAUCAUCCUCAACAGAAAAACAAUUUUGUUCACAUUAUGUUCAGGCUUGGACCUUUAAAUGUUGUUUGUCUUCGUAUAGGUCAUAAAUCCGCUUGGUUGUAAUUAUCAACGUUCUAUGCCUUUUAUAGCAAUGCUAUAUUUAAUUUGAUACUUAACCUGUUUUGACGUAGCUAUAAAAUGUUGCAGAGAAAAGAUUAUUAGAAAACGCUGUGGAUAUAUCAAAACUGAUGAUGCAAUAUCUUUUUGAUAAAAAGCAAUAAAUAGCUUUAAUGAUUGUUCAAAAGUGGUCUGACAUAUAUCGAAUUGAUCACACUUGCGAUGAAAACAGAACUAAGAGCCUUUCUGCUGGAAAUAGAAGCGCAACUGUAUUUAAUCAGACGAUAAAAUCUAACCAAACUGAUUACAAAAAGAAAAAAAAAUAUAACAAAAGUGACAACUAGCGAACUAGAUCUUUGCAUGAAAAUGAAUUGAUAAUUAAACAAUCGGGAGGAUUCAUUUUGUCUGGUAUUUCUAUCUCGGGAAGAAAAUUGUGUCUUACACAGAGUGUAAAAUAACGAACUUUCCUGAAAGCUAAUCAGACAGCUAUUUGAUUUAUUACUUGGGGAAAUUCAAAUCAAUACGUUUAAAGGAAAAAACACGUGAUAAUAUGUUCAAUGAAAUUUGACCAUACUGCAGUAAGUAUUGCAAUAUUUCCAUGGAAACAAGUAAAGGUUGUUAACUGACAAGAUAUGGUUGAAGACCAAUCGAUAAGGCCACGAUGCUGCUAUAUUAAAUAUUGAAACAGACGGACUGGAUGGACAGUGGCCAAUUUUGGAAUAAUUCAUAGAUACGUCAUAAAAAUUCAUGUAGAGAUGUUUCUCGAGACCGUUUUAGAACAUAGAUUGAGUGAACUGUCUACAAAGAGACAGGAAAGCGUGUAGAAAAAUGUUAGUUCUAAGUGAACGUGACUUCUGUAACAUACCAAGAAAAAGUACCUUGCGUGUUUGCAAAGCAGGCAGAAAAUUUUAAUAUUAUGUCACCGAAAAGGAUAGAGAGAAUAUUUAACGAAGUUUCAAAUCAAUAAGUUCUUACAUGACUGACACGUACAUAUCUUAAAUGUGAUGGAAAAUAAGCAGGAAAUUAAAAUACAUUCUAAAGUAAACAGUCCCCUGCAGUAAACAGGGAUGUUAAGUUUUGAAAUGAAUGUUUAAUCAUAGAUUUAUUAUCCUUUUUUCAAGUGUUCCUUCAAGUCGAAUCUCUCACAAUUUUUCCGGAUUAUUAUCUGAUUUAUGAUCAAACGGCCAUCAACGACAUUGUUGAAUAUCUACUGCAGUUUAUUUAACAUGAGCGUGAUUUUGCUUCGUCAUUUAUUGGAAAGUAUAAAAUUAUGCAUCUCCUGGUUUUAUUUCAACUGUGCGUUCGUUACAGGUUAUUUCAAAAUCGCAUACAGAUGUUGUAUAACUGACUCCUCGAUAUCAAAUAUAAGAAGAUAUUGGAAAUGCAUGACUGUUACAUAUAACAAUACGCAACAACUGAAGAUGUCGUUGCCUGUCAUGUUAACUUAAUCAUAACAAAGGGAAUAUUGAUGUUAAAUCAAUUUCUUGAAUACGGAGUCCGGACUUCCGUUACUUCUCGGUAAAUCUAUGACAAAAUGCCGUCAUAGAUUAACAACGGAUUUGAUAUUUUGUGUGUAUUUAACGGAUAAUUAAUUUUUGUACGUGAUAUAUUUUUUUAAAGAAAGUUUGCAGCUUUUUGUUUAUAUUGGCGGACAAAAUGAUUGACUUUGGUAUUGCAUUAUCAUGGAUGAUUCUUUCGCCUCUGGGUUUAAUUACGGAUAUAUUUGCUAUUGUAAUUAUUGCUCAUUAUUUCCCAUUCUUUCACGGAACUGACGUCACGUUAGUUUCCAUUUUGACAGCUAUGGCAGGAAAUGCAAUAUUUGUUUUACCGAUUCCCGCGUAUUUAGAAUUGGCGGGAAAAAGUUGGAAUCCUAGUUUAUGUAUAGGCUAUGUAUGGUGUGUUCUGACAUUUAGGUUAUCACAGAUUUUAAGCUUAAUGGUGAUAAGUAUACAUUGGUCUACAUUAUUGAAAAUGUCGGCACAAAAGAAGAAAUAUUUUUCGACGAAAUUUCUCAAGAUAACCAUUGUGUUCAUUUGGAUAUGUUCAGCAAUAUUUGGAUUGUUGCCGUUAAUUGGAGUGGCAGAGGAUAGUUUUAACGAGAAAAAUACCUGUAAAUUUCUUGCCUUUAACAUUGGUGGCGGAUAUGGACUAUUUUUUCUAAUACUCAUCAUCACAGCGAUGUUUGUAUCAGUAGUGUGUGCGUCAGACGCCAUGAUCCUUAUCAAACAUAUGAAAGUGGUCGCGAAAACUAAGUACCAAGCCGGACGAUUUCAUAUUCCAGACAGAAGGGCGGAUUUACCGUUGCAUGGGAACAGUUCAUUAGCAGAGAGAUAUCACAGACUACAGUUCGCCUGGGACCUCAGUAAAUUUGCUUUGGUUUUCGUGAUACUGUCAUUCACCAUUAACCAGCUUCCGUACGCGGUAAUGCAAGGCAUUCAAACAUUUACAAAAGUGGAUAGAGGUAUUCUGGAAGUCGUCUCCCUCUACAUGAUAGGCUUAGAAGCAUUGUUAUUACCACAUACUCUUUGGUUUCUAAGCAGACGAUAUCGCCACGCGCUCACGUACCAAUGGCAGGUGCAUGUGCUUCGAAACAAGGAUAAAGAAGAAGAUGAGCCAUAUUCAUGCACAUUACAGUCAUACACACAACGAGAAAGAGAUCGUGCCUCAGUGGUACCUUCUCGUCCAUCAAGUAUUGGUCGAGCUGGAGGAAUCAGUGCAACCGGUACAAUGCGGUCCAAUAAAUCUGACACUGUUCACAAGGACCAUGUUCAGACUAAUGGACAAACACGAAUACAAACACUUUUCAAUGAUGACAGGAGAGAACCCUCUCCUCUUUCACACGACGCUCGUGUAAAUGGUGUAAUAAGAGGUGAGGUGCAUGUCGAAAGACCGCCAUCAAUUUAUGAUGAACGACCAGUUGAUAUACAGGACUUAGAAAUUAGGCAAAGGCAAGAUAUUGCUAUGAAUGAGAAUAAAUUAAGGCGACCAACAGGGCAAUUUAAUAGCAAUUCCACAAGUACAAAGCAAGUACCACCAUUUGCCCAAAGGCAUGAUGUAGCACGUUCUUCGUCAGAAAAGUCAACAAAGGACUUGAAAGAAUUAAUGCGCAAAAAGCACCUACCGCCAAUAUUUGUUAAUGAAGGAUUUGAAGUAGGAGAUAAGUCACCAACUGUUGAAGAUGAGUCGGUUAAAGUCGUGGCUAAAACUCGCCCGGCAUUAAUCAGUGGCAAUUCGCUUCAUUUUUACAUGUCUAGUGACUACCACCCGGAUUACUUAACAGAAAGUUUACCCAGAAACAAAAUUAACCGAGGUCCAUCAACUGAAAGUGAAACGGGCGGAGCAUACACAAAUGACGAUAUAGAUGAAGUUCUUGACGAUGAUUCAAUAACUGAUAUUCAGAUAGUAAAAGCCCGAACUGCAUAUGUAUAUAACAAUGAUACUAAUGUGAAUACUUUUAGUACCUUUAAAAAUGAUCAAAACGAAAGGAAAAUGACUGGAAAUUCUGGUAAAGGGGUUUACAGCACAUUUGAGGACUUAAGUCAAAUGUAUCUAAGGGAUGAAAAUGAGAUCGAACUUGACGCAAACACCAUUCCUUUAGACGAUAUAAACGAUGGAUAUAGCUCGACAGAGAACACUCAAGCAUAUCCAAGUAAUGUAAAUACAGUAAAUUACGGUGCACAAGCAUCCAGUUACACAAGUUUUAAGCCUAAUACUAACAACGUUAAAGCAUAUGGUAAGGAAAACAAAGAUAAUUUACGACUUAGUGAUAUGACUAUAAGAACAAUGCCAUUUGCAAAGAGUAAAGAUAUACAAUUUGAAAGCACCUCUUUUGGAGCACCUUUAAUACGAAAAGAUUCAGAAAACGCAAGUUGGUAUGACAAAACAGCUAACACCAUGAAAUAUACUCAUCUGUCUAUGAACCAGCCGAAUAUACAUACAUUUAACGUAUCAUCUGAUAACAGACAUCCAAGCAUGAACAUGUUUAACAUUAGUCAGAAGUUCGAUAAUCAGAUAAAUGAUAAACUGGACAUUAGUGAUACAGGCACGCAAAUAAACCUUGAAGGCUCUACCGGCUUUUCUGUUUCUGGAACAGAGAGCAUUUCCUUGAAAAAUGCUCAGAAUGUAGAAGGUAUGGUUCAAAAGCAAGAUAAUAGUAUAGACGAUGAAAACGCAAGCUCAGGUAGUAAUAGUAGUGUCACUGUAAGUCCGUAUAAAGGAGAGACUAGAAGACGUCCGUGGAUGGAUGAUUUUGAUCUUCAGAAUGAAGAAAAUUCUGAGAUUAGGGAACCACUUGUUCAAGAUUCUGAUACAGAUACUCUAAGAGACUCGCACGAAAGCUCAGAAUUAAGAUUUGGAUUCACCAUUGAUCCGAGAUAUGCAGCUUCAACACAUAGUGAACUUUCUACUCCAGUUUCUUCUAUUUUUGAUGAGGAUACGGACAGAGGGUUUGAAGAGGCACUAGAGCAACAUAUCAACCCUGGAGUUUAUGGUGGCGUUGGUUUGUGUUUUGAGUCAAUCAAAGAAGAACCAGAAGACCUUACAAGCUCUGGAUCUAAUCCAUUUCUUGAUAAUAUAUCAAACGGCGAUGAAGAGUUCAGGACUCAGGCAGUUAUCUCCCGUAGUUCAAAUUCUAGAACAUCAAGUAGUGGAAGUAUAAGUGACAAUCCAUUAACAAACAGUCCAUUGCGAACUCAGACUCAAGAAAAUGUUCGUAAACCCACUGGUAUAAUGUACAAAGCACCUGUAAUAAUAACAACAUAUACAGAGGCGGAUUUCGGAGAUUCAGGAUUCACUUCGGGACUGGAAAAAGGAAAUACGAGCGAUUCUUCGGGUCAUCAGGAGUUUACACCGCGGGGAAGAAGUAGUAGUCCCUGGCCAGAUGACGAAAAAGACAAUUUAGAAAUGUCUUUCGAAUCGAACUUUUGUGAAAAUGAGAAUGAAGGUAAACGCGAUAUAACCUUUUUGCAUGACAUUUCAAGAGGUAACCAAGGUGAAUUUUCUAGGCAAAGCAGCUUUAAAAAAGACGAUUUUAAGAAGCCUCUUCAUAAAACUGUAGCAAGUGUUAGGUCCGAAAAUAGGCCACAGCCAGUAAGAGUCAAAUCACUGGAAAGAACAUCGCCUGCAUCUGCUAGAAAACUUCCUAGAAGAGGUCAUUCCUUUGAAGCACCUAGAAUGGAUGUUAAGCCAGCUUUCUUUUAGUGUCAUAAAAGUAAAUACAUGUGCACAGUAUAUUAUUUUAUUUUUUUUCACAUGAUAUGGCAAGGAAAAGAUAAAAUACGUUUCAAAAUAAAAUGAAGCAAAGUUUGAA